AUGCCUGUUCCCGUUCAAUGCUUACCUCUCGAUUCUCGUCCUGCUCUUCCGAAGCCAGGAAGAGCGCAUGUCAUGGGCUCCGAUAGCCACAUGCUUGACACUGCUUGCGUGGAAGGCAACGGGCAUAGCCCUUCUAACGAUUCACCGAGACUUCGUUCAGAUGUUCUUGAUGCAGCUGAUGUUCAGAGCUCUGAUGAUAUGGGCGCUCUUAGUGUUCGGGCUUCAGCCAUCAGUGACGGAUGCGGCUCUGAUCUUUCCAGUCGCCAUCACCAUGUCGAUCAUUUCGAGUCAAGGCCAAUUUCCACCCGCAAGUCCUCUACUUCCAUUGCGGAUAAACGGGUAGGCUCUCAACAAACUCCCACUUUGCCGAAUAAUCAAAGUCGGGCACGAAACGAUUUCGGCCAAGGACGACACAACGAGAAAACAUCAGGGAGAUACGAAUCUCCUUCCUUAGGUCCCAGGCAACCACAACCGUGGGACGACGAGUCCACACAUACCAUGAUACCCCAGCUCAAAACAAGGCCCAUUUCUCAAGAUCAACUGGUUGCAGAAGUAAAAGGCAUAUACGCUGGGUUGGUCAUGGUUGAAACCAAAUGCAUCGAAGUCGGCAACGUACAACCACCUAACACAGAGACAAACGCAACUUCGAAGCUCAACAAUGAGCAAUGGCAGGCACUAAUUGCUCUGUACCGAACACUGUUGCAUGAGCACCAUGACUUCUUCUUUGCCAGUCAGCAUCCCUCUGCUAGCCCCGCUCUACGGAGACUGGCCUCCAAAUACGCGAUGCCAGCUCGCAUGUGGCGACACGGCAUCCACUCAUUCCUUGAGCUCCUUAGGCAUCGCCUACCAGGACAUAUCCUCAUGUUCCUAUAUCUGGCCUAUAUCAUGAUGGCACUGCUUCUCGAAAUGGUCCCCGCCUUUGAAGAUACUUGGAUUGAAUGUUUGAGCGGUCUUGGGCGGUACCGCAUGGCGAUCGAGGAUGAUGAUAUACGGGACCGCGAGGCCGGGACUGAAGUGAGCCACCAUUGGUACAGCAAGGCAUCGGACGGCUCCCCAACCGGCCGCCUUUAUCACCAUUUGGCCAUUUUGGCUCGUCCCAAUGCCCUGCAACAGUUCUUUUACUACACAAAAUCGCUUUGUGCGAGGGAGAGUAUCAUGACUCUAUCUGGCCCUGUCAGAAGCAAAUUUGAGAAACUGAGAUGGCUGCUCUUCUCCGCUGAACGAGGGCCGGCGGACCUAUCCUACCUCCACCUUGUGGUUGUGGUGUUAUUACACCUCACUCGCACCUAUACUGAUAUUCCCCGCGCGGUGAUGUUCGAACUUUUGCAUCUGAUGCACGAAUGCCUCACUUUAUAUCGCUUCGAGUCCUCAAACUAUGGCUUAGGCAUCGCAAAGUCGAGCAUAGGAUCAGUGAGAGGCACAUACAUGAAGUAUGCCCGAUAG